UUAAAAAAAUAGUCUCUGCAGCCUUCAGUUCACUAUAAUCCAAAAAAGUCUUUCUGACCAACUAACCGUUUAUUAAUGUGUAACGUUUUGGUAGCAGUAGUCUGUAUGAGGUAUGUCGGAACCAACUGAGACGGUGUCGGAACCAACCGCAGGUAGUUUUUACGUUAUUGUCUGCCUAGUUUGAGUUUCCUUAAUCUUAUGUUAUACAAUCUUCUACCUUGGCUGAUGUCAGAAUGCUAGUGAAUGUUUUAUAUUUCCAGGAGUAGAGUGAUGUUUUCCCUUUCAUCUGUGGGUGUGGUGUGAGUGUCCUUCAGUACAAACCGUUUCUCAACGUAGCAAACGUUCAAACGAACUGAAAGCACCCCUGGUUUGUUAGGUGUGUCUUGAGUGUGUGUGGAUGCAUGGGUGUCUCUGGGUUUGUUCUCACUCUGAUCAGCUCUCAUCUGCAGUGGAUAAAACACACUGCCUUAGGAAUGCCCGGUGCCCAUUUCACCCUGAAUGACCCUGCAACUGCAUAGUUGUGUGGAUAAUAAUUUGAAUAACUGUGUGUGUUUUCCUGUAUUUGUCCAUGUCUGUGUGUGUGCUUCUUCUACUGACUCUGUCUGCUUUAUAUUGCAGGGAACUGUGUAUGUUAUUAGCCCUGAGACUGAUUAGUCAGGCUGCAGGUAUGUAACCUGAUCUGUUCUUCAGAUGAGCAGAUUACAGCAUAGAUACAAUACUGGACAGCACAGUAGCUAUAAAACUGUCCUCAGACCAUACCUAGCCCUAUACCCCAGCCCACAUGAUCCUAAACCCAUUAUACCCCAGCCCACAUGAUCCUAAACCCAUUAUACCCCAGCCCACAUGAUCCUAAACCCAUUAUACCCCAGCCCACAUGAUCCUAAACUCAUUAUACCCCAGCCCACAUGAUCCUAAACCCAUUAUACCCCAGCCCACAUGAUCCUAAACCCAUUGUACCCCAGCCCUUAAUGGCCAACACCACAAAAAUAACCUGGAGAAGAGAGAGAAGGAGGAUGAUUAAGUAUUAGCCCAUCUCCAGCUUAAACUCCUCUCCUCCAUCAUCUCUGUCCUUAGAUCUCUCGUCUCUGCUAACACUACAUCCACUGCUCUCAGGGGUCUUAGAUCUCUUGUCUCUGCUAACACUACAUCCACUGCUCUCAGGGGUCUUAAAUCUCUCAUCUCUGCUAACACUAUAUCCACUGCUCUCAGGGGUCUUAGAUCUCUUGUCUCUGCUAACACUACAUCCACUGCUCUCAGGGGUCUUAGAUCUCUCAUCUCUGCUGACACUAUAUCCACUGCUCUCAGGGGUCUUAGAUCUCUUGUCUCUGCUAACACUACAUCCACUGCUCUCAGGGGUCUUAGAUCUCUCAUCUCUGCUAACACUAUAUCCACUGCUCUCAGGGGUCUUAGAUCUCUCAUCUCUGCUAACACUAUAUCCACUGCUCUCAGGGGUCUUAGAUCUCUCAUCUCUGCUAACACUACAUCCACUGCUCUCAGGGGUCUUAGAUCUCUUGUCUCUGCUAACACUACAUCCACUGCUCUCAGGGGUCUUAGAUCUCAUCUCUGCUAACACUAUAUCCACUGCUCUCAGGGGUCUUAGAUCUCUUGUCUCUGCUAACACUACAUCCACUGCUCUCAGGGGUCUUAGAUCUCUCAUCUCUGCUAACACUAUAUCCACUGCUCUCAGGGGUCUUAGAUCUCUUGUCUCUGCUAACACUACAUCCACUGCUCUCAGGGGUCUUAGAUCUCUCAUCUCUGCUAACACUAUAUCCACUGCUCUCAGGGGUCUUAGAUCUCUCAUCUCUGCUAACACUAUAUCCACUGCUCUCAGGGGUCUUAGAUCUCUUAACUCUGAUAACACUACAUCCACUGCUGGGAUCCCCUGGAUCCAGGCCUGUGGGUUCUAAUAUGAGAGGGCUGUUGAUUAAAUGAGGCCAGUAGAAAACACAUUUCUCGGCGUAUAGUGGUGUAGUUAACCAUUGACUGACUGAGUCUCUCCUCCCUAUAGAUAACACACACCUGGCUCAUUCCCAGGUUUCAUACGGUACAGCUGGACACAUCACCCAGGCUGGCUCCUUGGUGAUGAAUAAUAGACUUGACUCAGAUCACAUGGACUGGCUACUGAAUAAUUUACCCCCUUCUCUCCCUUCGACCUCCUCUUUCACCUCCUCCCAGUCCGGCCUUGGCUGCUCUCUCUUUCUCUGCAGUAGACAUGGAACCGAGGUAAAGCUUCUGUAUCUGCCCAUUCUCCUGGGGAAAGCACCAAACGGAGACCUCAGAGCAAACUCCAACUCCAGAACAGUGUGGACUGAAGCUGGCAUGGAUACUCUCUGACACAGAGACAGACCGAGACAGAGAGACCGAGACAGAGAGACAGAGAGACAGAGAGAGAGACAAAUGAGAGGGAAAUAAUGAUAAAGGAAUAGAUUGGAGGAAACACACACACACACACCCAUCCCCUGUUCCCACCGCUAUGGCAGAAUGGCUGAGGCGUGUGUCCUGGGGAGAUGCAUGGUACAGCCUGUACUCCCGCCUGCUCAGGACCAAACCUGUGGGUAGGAUGGGUCAGGGGUCAGAGGUCAGCGACGAUAUCACAGAGGUAGGGGGGCUGGCUAGGGUCCUGACGACAGCUGACCUGGUGUCGCUAGGGGUGGGGAGCUGCGUUGGCACAGGGAUGUACGUGGUUGCCGGGCUGGUUGCUAAGGAGAUGGCGGGGCCGGGAGUGAUCCUGUCCUUCAUCAUCGCUGCUGUGGCUUCUAUACUGUCAGGUGUAUGUUAUGCAGAGUUUGGCGUGCGUGUCCCUAAGACAACUGGGUCAGCCUACACCUACAGCUAUGUCACAGUGGGGGAGUGUACGGCCUUUUUCAUUGGCUGGAAUCUGAUCCUGGAGUACCUGAUUGGUACUGCAGCCGGGGCGUCGGCUCUCAGCAGCAUGUUUGACUCGCUGGCCAAUCACAGCAUCUCAAGCUAUAUGAUAACACACCUGGGGACACUCAGAGGCCUGGGUAAAGGGGAGGAGUCGUACCCUGACGUCCUGGCCAUGGCCAUAUCGCUGGUUGUCACGGUAAUUGUGUCAUUAGGGGUUCGUAACUCGGUAGGGUUGAAUAACGUUCUGAACAUGGUCAACCUGGUGGUGUGGUGCUUCCUGAUCAUCUCUGGACUCUUCUUUCUCUCCGCUGACAACUGGGAGGCGGGAAACUUCCUGCCCUACGGAUGGUCCGGGGUGAUGAAGGGAGCGGCCACUUGUUUCUAUGCCUUCAUAGGGUUUGACAUCAUCGCUACAACAGGAGAAGAAGCCAAGAGUCCCAACACCUCUAUACCCUAUGCUAUUACUGCUAGUCUGAUAACCUGCCUGACUGCAUACGUCUCUGUGUCUGUGGUCCUGACUCUGAUGGUUCCUUAUGACCUGAUCGAUGGUUCAGCUCCACUGAUGGAGAUGUUUGCAGUGCAUGGGUUCCUGCCGGGGAAAUACAUAGUGGCUGUAGGGUCUAUAGCUGGCCUCACUGUCAGUCUAAUGGGCUCCCUGUUCCCCAUGCCCAGGGUCAUAUACGCUAUGGCUAGAGACGGACUGCUCUUCAGGUUCCUGGCCAACGUCUCUCCAUACACUCACACUCCAGCAGUAGCGUGUCUGGUGUCUGGCUGUCUGGCUGCUCUCAUGUCUCUCCUCGUCUCCCUGCAAGAUCUCAUAGAGAUGAUGUCUAUAGGAACGCUACUGGCUUACACCCUGGUCAGUGUGUGUGUCCUGCUGCUGCGCUACCAGCCCGACACAGACACACACAACUUCCUGCCUGGGGAGGAGGAGGAGGGGCCUAGGCAAAAAGAGGGCGUGAUGGCGGAAUGCGAUGACGGAACUCUGCCCACCAACGACGACCAGAUGUUGAUUGGAGGAGCAGACUCAUCGACCUUUGACCCUGACAGCUCCGGCUACCAAUCGAGCGGUGUUGCAGGUGAACCUGGUGACUCUGGCAGCUUCCACACCGGCCCCUCCUCGCUGUUGAAGAGGGUUCUAGGUAGUCGUUACUCCACCCUGCGUGUCCGCCUGGGGAUCCCUGACGCCUCGGCCCGUCCCACCCCGUCCUCCGGUCGCAUGGUGACACGCUGCACCCUCCUCCUCUUCUUCCUCUCCUUUCUCCUCUGGGCCACUGUCAUCUUCGGCGUGGAGCGAGGGACCGGAGCGGGCUCGGCCGUUUCAGGUAUCGUAGCGACACUAUUGGCAGGCAAAAUAGCAACCAUACUGGUGGUGAUCGUGCGCCAGCCUGAGAGCGGGCGGAUCCUGCCCUACAUGGCGCCGUGCGUGCCGUUUGUCCCCGCAGUGGCCAUCUUGGUAAACUCCUACCUGAUGCUGAAACUGUCGCCGCUCACCUGGGCACGCUUCGCUGUCUGGUGCACUCUGGGUAUACUGAUCUACGGUUGCUAUGGGAUAUGGAACAGCUCUUUGGAGAUCAGCACCAGAGAGGAACAGGCUCACGCCAGCACCUACCAGCGCUAUGAUGACCACCUUGAUGACACCUUCUCCCCUGACAAUGACCUUGACCCCCAGGACAACCAGGAAGAGGGGCGCUACCAGGGCUGGUCAGCGGAGAAGGGCUACCACUACCAACAGCAAAACCAGGAUCAGAACCAGGAUCAGGAGGGUGACCAGUACCAAAACCAGUAUCAAGAUGGCAACCAGUACCAGGAUGGCUCCCAGUACCAGAACCAGUCAGGUUAUCAGUCCGGCCCUCAGGGCUCCUCUAUGGGAUCCAGGGGAAGAACCAAUCAGGGCUACACAGAUCCACAGGAACCCGAGGGCUCCUCUUGUGAUUGACAGCUGCAGUGGAACACACCUACUUCCUGUUUCACUGGGCACUAGAGGAGAGGAAGGGCAGAGGGCUCCUGAAUCCCUCAUCAAGCCCCACACCAUAGGCACUUGAGUAGACCUGAGAGGACAGGAGAAGUGAGCUAUAUGGCAACCAUUCCACCUGGUCUAACACUGCAUUAUAAACAUACAUACAACAUGCUGUGUUUAAAAUCAAUCUAUCUAUCCGAGAGUGAAUCAAUUAUACAGGAGCAAACAUGCUCUUAUACUACCUAUUAGUCUGACUCCUCUGGUGUGACAUUGUACAUGGAUGAGUUGGUUGGAAAAUAUUUAAGAUUAUUUUGUUUUAAGAGUGUGAUCAUUCAAAAAAGAAAGUAUUUAUUGUUGAAUCAGAGUGUGUAAAUGUGUGCAGAAAGAGUGAUCUGUGUUUUGCUGUUGUCUGAUAAACUGUCAAUAAAACAAAUACAUCUGA